CUUCAAGUUGCCUCUCGUCGCAACUCCACACGACUCAAGAUGGGACCAUCGCGAACGAAAACAGUCAAGAACAAACAUGCGGCGAAUAAGUCCGGCAUCAGCUCUAGCAAAUUGUCGAAAGGAGGCCCGCCAGAUGGCGUCAGCAAAUCAAAACGGAAGGGUCCGGUUCUUUCGAAGCAGGUGAAGGGUAAAGGUCUCGCCGACCUGCUCAAGAAAAAGAAGAAGAAGGUCUACACCGAGAAGGAACUAGGAAUUCCGGAAUUGAAUAUGGUGACACCCGUCGGAGUUACGAAACCCAAAGGGAAGAAGAAAGGCAAGGUCUUUGUGGACGAUAAGGAGAGCAUGAACACAAUACUUGCCAUGGUGCAAGCGGACAAGGAUGGCGAGAUCGAAUCUAAAAUGAUCAAGGCUCGACAGAUGGAGGAGAUUCGCGAGGCGCGAAGAGUGGAGGCGGAAAAGAAGGAAGAAGAGAAGAAGGCGAAGCUCGAUCAGACCAAGGAAUCAUUGAGGAGAAAGAGAAAGAGGACAAAUAAACCUAAUGAAGACGACGCCGAUGAUGCUGUAAUCAAAGAGGCCACCACCUCUGGAACGAGGGCUGCGAAACCGAAAAAGAAGAGAGUGUCGUUCGCCUAGGGCCUAAGAGAGUCAGAUGAGUUUCUAUAUUUCUAGGCGGCGUUUGGGCGUUGAUUCGGGCUAUUCCUGAGAGCUUUCAUAUAUGAGAUUAGCAUCAAGGCAUUUUCAUGAUACCCUGAAAACGAAGUUGACCGAAUCUUGGUGUCUGUGUACGAGACGAUUUGCAAUGGAUUUAUGUGCUUUUCACUUGCGGUCAUGCCCAGAUAUUGCUGGGCGCGAUGAUAUGCUAUGCUUCACGACCAUAUGGGCCUUUCGUGUUUGGAAGUUGAUGGUUCUCCCAUUUGAAAAGGGGUUGCUGUGUCGAAC